ACACACUCACGCACGCGGCACGCACUACGUUCAGUGUUCGGACCUUUACUACAUUUACUACGCACCGCCGUCGCGCGCUUCAACCUACCAUUAAAAAUCGUACAUUUGUACCGUCGGCGUUGGAACGUUAUCAGUCGUUCGCGUAUACAGACGGUCGUUUCGAUCCGCGGCGGCGACACGGCGUAAAUAUCGUCGACACCCGUUGUCACUGGCCCGCACUCUUCCUCAGUUCCACUGUGCAAUCCAUCAUUGUCUGGCUUCGCGUGCGCUUUGCUCUCCAACACUGAAUUACCCCUGAAACACCAGUAUCGUUGUCCGUGUAACGUCUCCGUGGACAAUUAUCCUACACUUCAACGUAACGUUCAUUCGUACAUCGGCAGUAGCGAUGGCAACUUUCGAUCUGAGCACCGGCGGCGAUGCGUCAUUUCUCGGACCCAUAGGAAUUCAGGAUUUAUCUAUGAGCUAAUAUGGAUGAAUCUCACACAAAAUAUGAUUUAAUGAUACACAAUAACAAGCAAGUGGAAAAACCAUCAAAUAAAAUAAAUUCAUCUUCUGGAAUAGAAUUAAUAGAUGAAAACAAUUCUAAUACUGAUUCUAAAUUAAGUCUACCAUCUAGAAAACAAAGACUUAAAGACUAUUUAACUACAACUCACACACCUGAUAAGAACAUAACUUCAACUUAUAAAUUACACAAUUUUUCUACUGUUAAUUUAAUUAAUUUUGUACCAAAAAUUGAUGAUUAUAACAAACCAGUGAAAGUUAAAUCCCAAUGGACCCGUACAAGUCAAAUGGAAUUAGCCUUAGAAAAUUCAACAAAUAAAAAUACUCUUCCUGUAACUAAUUUAUCUAAAUCUGAAAAAAUCAAUGAAAUAUUUACAAUGGACGUUUCACCUGCAAAUGGUAUUAUUAAUCAAAAUGAUGAACAUACAAAUGACACUAGUAAAACCAAUAAAAAAUCUGAUCCUAAUUUGAACUAUGAAAGUCGGUGUUCUGUUGUCGUACACAAAUUUGAUGAUAAUUUAAUACAAGUAAAAAGAAAAAGGGGUCGACCAAAAAAAACAACUAAUAAUAUUACCAAUAAUACAUCAAUCAUUUCAAAUACUGGUAAUCAAGAUCCAGUUAAUAUACAUUCAGUUGCUGAUAUUGAACCUAAAACUACAGAUGAACCAAAAGUUAUAAAAAGAGGUCGAGGCAGACCUAGAAAAAAUGAAACAACAUCAACUAAUAUUCAAAUAUCACCAAUUGUGUCAAAUUCAGCUCCAACAAAAAAACGAACAAGAAUGAAACAAGGUUCUGCUGUUAUAAAGGAGCAGCGCGCUACAAGAUUGAAAAGUGAUAAAUUUGAAAAUGAAGACACUAAUGAUUCUAAAUCGCAAAAUUUGUCUUCAAGUAAAGCAAUAAAAUCUUUAACUAAAAAAUUAAAUAACCAUUUUCCAAGUUCUAAUUCAACAGAAGUAAAUGAAAACAGUUCUGAAUCUGGGGAAAGAUCAUUUUCACCAAUCAUGUUAUUUCCAGGCAAUGGUAAUGAUUUUAAGUGUAUAAGUUUAUCACGAUUUAAUGAAACAAAAAAAUCAGCGUUGGUUUCUUUAGAAAGAUGUGAUAAAUUAAUUGAUCUAGAAAACACCAAACGCAUACAUUUUUUAACUGGAUGUGAUAACUCAAAUGUACAAAAAAACUCUUCAUCUAUUAAUUUUUCAGAAGAAUGUAAUAAUUUAAAUGUACAAAAAACCAUUGCAUCUGUUAAUUUUUUAGAAGAAUGUGAUAACUCAAAUUUACAAAAAAACAUUACAUCUGUUAAUUUUUUAGAAGAAUGUGAUAACUCAAAUUUACAAGAAAACACUACAUCUAUGAAUUUUUUAAUAAAAUGCAAUGAUUCAAUUGUACAAGAAAACACUACAUCUGUUAGUUUUUUAGAAGAAUGUGGUAAGUCAAAUGUACAAGAUAAAAUUGAUUGUGUUUCUGAUACAAGAAUUAAAACCAACAAGUUUUUAAGUGAAAGUGAACAAGAUGAAUUUGAAAAUGUAGAUUGGAAUCUAGUAACUAAACGGUUUAGAUCAAACAGUGUUAAUGAGUCCACUAAAAUAAAAAAACGAAGAAAUUCUCUUACUGAAAAUUUUGUAUUCAACGCUUCAAAAACAUCAAAAAAAAUGUUUGACGAUUUAAAGUUACUAAAAUCUUGGAAAAGUAUUUCUUAUAUAGAACGUGGACCAAAUAUAGAGAUUGAAAGAAUCAUAAAAGAUGAAUUGGUUAAAAAAUUCAGAUCAAAAUUGAAACGUAGCAGAAGUUUUCCCAACUGUUUAUAUUUAGACACAGUUAUCUGGAGAUUUUUAGUUCAAGAAUGUGAAUAUGACAGUGAAUCAGAAGAAAGUGAUGAAUUGCAAUCGGAUUUGUAUUCCAAUUCAAAUUCUGGUUCUGAAAGAUGUGAAAAUGGUGAGCUUAUACAGCAAUAUAAAGAACCAGAAGAAAAAACCAACUAUAUGUCAGGAAAUGUAUGUAAUUCAGAGGAUCAUAGAGAUUCUGAUAGAUGUGAAUAUUGUUACCUUGAAAAUAGUGGGUCCAUACAGCAAUAUGAACAACCAAAAGAAAAAACCGACUAUAUGUUUGAAAGCUUAGAUGAUUUAAAUAUAUUUUGUUCUACAAAUGAUAUGCCAUCAUUCCAAAUAUCCCGAAACAUAAGCGAUUCAAAAAAUUCUGAAAGUGAUCAAGAGGAAUCUGAAGGCAAGAUUAGACGAUCUAAACGAUUAAAUACAAAAAUUAAGGAUUCUGAUAUGUUAGAGGAAGAAUAUUUAUUAUCAUCUAAAAAUUCAAAAAUUGACUCUUUACUGUUAGCUGAUGAAAUACGAAGAGACAAUGAAAUACAUUUAGCAGAAGCUAGAGCAAAUGAUCCAGAGUUAGAUAAAAAAUUAAAAAGAUUGAACUUCACUUUAAUAACUAACAAUUUGUUCAGGCCCCAUAGGAAAAAAAUGGGUGAGUAUACACCAGCAGAAGCACAAGAGUUACGGAGACUAAAACCAAGGAGAAUUAUAAAUUCUGAUACUUACAAAUGUCAUUGUAAAUAUACAAGAAAAGACUGGAUUGAAAAAAAACCUGGGUGUGCUACAGAGUGUUUAAAUCGUUUAUUGAAUAUUGAAUGUGGAAAAGCAUGUGUUUUGAAGUCAUUAUGUACAAACAAGCAAUUUCAAAAUAAACAAUUCAAACGUACUAAAAUUGUCAAAACUGCAGAUAAAGGAUAUGGUGUUUUUGCGCUUGAAGAUAUCCCAAGUGGAACAUUUGUUGAUGAAUAUAUGGGAGAAGUUAUAGAUCAAAAUGAAAUGAUAAAACGAAUGAAAAAAAUAUUGUAUAAAAAUAACAAUUAUAUGGUGCAAUUGAAACAUGAUGAAAUAAUUGAUGCUACCCGGAAAGGAAACAUUACAAGAUUCAUAAACCACAGCUGUGAACCAAACUGUGUUGCAGAAAAAUGGAAUGUGUUGGGUGAAUCUCGAAUGGGGUUUUUUAGUAAACAACCAAUACAAAAAGGAGAAGAAAUUACUUUUGAUUACAGUUUUGAAAUAUUUGGAGAUGCUGCACAACAAAAGUGUUAUUGUGGUACACCAAAAUGUCGUGGAUUCAUUAGCAAAAAAUCUAGAACAGGCGAUCAGAGCAGUUCUGAGGAAAGCGAUGAAAAUGAAGAUGACUCAUUAGUUGUUAAACCAGAUGUUUCUCAGGAAAAAAGAAAAAAGAAAAUUAAGAAAAUAUCUAAUAAAGAUAGAAAACGUUUAAGACAGCUCGAUCAACAGUUAACAGAUAUCAGUAAAUUAAAAAAUAAAAACCGCUCAGACUUGGAGAGCUCAACAUUAAAUUUAAAUAAGUUAAUGGUUCAUAUCACAGAUUCAAUGAGUAGGUCACAUAUUUUGAAAUUUAUUCGAGAUAAUGAUUUAAACUGUAAGAGGUUAUUUAUGAAUUUUAAUGGAUUGAAUAUAAUCCAUAGUUGGAUGAUUUCAAAUAACAACGAAAGCUUGAAAUUAGAAAUUGUUAAAACACUUUCAGAUCUUCCAAUUUCUAACAGAAAUACAAUAACAAAAUCAAAAGUUUUAGAUAUUGUUGCUCAGUGGGCUAAUAUCCCAUUACACAUAAAAGAAGUUAUCGAAAAUUUAGAGUAUCCAAUAUCACAAAUUAAGGAACAUGAGCAAGAAAUUGAUAAAUUAUUACCAGAUAUAGAAAAUUUAUCACCAUUAGUUCAAGCAGCAAGAAUUUUAUGGAAGAAAUGGAUAAUUCUAAAAAUUGUUUUUAAAAUACCAAAAUUGGAUCGUCCUAAAGAAGAAGUGAAUAUUCCUGAUGAAGUUAUCCAACCGCCAAUACAACCACAAACAGAUUCUGUUCCAUAUCAUAUUGGAAAUUCAAUAGUUUCUAAUCAAUCUUCUAAAAUAAGUAGUGUGCAAAGCCAAGGUAAUAGUCAAACCAAUUCUGUGGAUGUAUUAAACAAAAUAAUAAAUCUUCCCAAUCAGAAAAUUAAUCGAGACAAAAACAAAACUGUUUUUGAAUGGAAUAAAAAACAUUGGAAUUAUUUACCUUUUAAAACAAAUAAAAUUAUUACUCCUGCCAUGGUAAAUCAUUCAAUUAAUUCGGUUUUAAAUCCAAAGCAAAGAUCAACAUCUACGUUUAAAUCAAGAAUUAUUCACCAAGAUAUUCCAACGAUUGAAAGCAGCACACUUAGUAAGAAUAUAAAAUGGAGCGGCAUCACUGAAAAUCACCCAGCAGUUUGUGAUCUAGCUGAUUCUACUGAAAAAAUUAAUACUUCUUGUACACAAAGUACCAAAGUAUUUAAUACUGAAACAAUUGUAUAUUACCCUAUCGAAGAAAUUAUAACCACAAACCAAACAUGGAAUUUGCCACCUCCAACUAUUGUCGAUCUUUGUAAUGAAUCUACUCUACAUUCUAUGUUAAAAACAGUUCCUCCAUGUUUACCGAAUGAUUUUAUUUCAAAUACAUCUGAUGAAACUAGCCAAUGUUUAUUUUCUAAUGAUAAUACUAAUUGGUGUAUAAUGCGUCCGGAAAAUGUGAUGUAUGAUGCUCAACAUCCAAGCAUUCAAGAACAACUGGCUUUCCUACCAGUUGACAUAUCACUAAAAAAACCAACUAAAACUCAAUCAGAUAAACCAAUUACUAAUGCAGAAAACACAGAAUUUAAUAAAAACUACAAAGCAGUACAGCCAUUAGAUGAAAAUAUACKUAAACAAUUAUUCAAACAAUGUAAAGAAAAUGUGCAAAAAUUAAUUGACAAAGGAAUAUUGAAUGUUAAUAAAACAGCAAGACAAAAUUAUGUAGAUCAUUCCCCAAUUAAAAUACUUCAAUCAUUUUUUAAUAAAAAACAAGCGUUUUCAACAAAUGUGACACCUGAAAAUAAUCAAAAUCAAUAUGUUUUGCCAAACUUAAUCAAACGCAUUAAAGUAGUUAGUAAUUGUUAUCGAAAACAGCCAUCUAAAAUAAUUGAAAUAAAUAAUUUAGUGAAAUUGAAUACCCAGAAAAGUAAAAAUGACAUUUUUAGAAUUAAGGACGAUCAAAAGACUGAAAUAACUGAUACAGCAUCAGUAGCUUUAAUGUUACAUAAUGAACAAUUAAGUACUGUUCCUGAAACACUCAACUUAAAUAAGAUGUUUAAUAAGAAAUCAUUUAAAGUAAUAACAAAAAAUAAAUUUGCAUUUAAAAUUUUAAAUGGUUUGAUAAAACAUAAUUCAACCAUGCCCAAAUCUUUUAUUCUCCAAUUCCCAUCAGAUACCAAGAUAAUAACUCACAAUCCUUCAAAUGAAAUAGAACUACACUACAAAUUAAAUCCUUCAGUGAAAAAUAUCUUGUGUGCCAAAUUAAAUAGGGGAGUUGGUAAAGACGUCAUAAACGUGUACAAACAAAAAAUAGUCAUGCAAUAUGAUGAAACGAGGAUUCCAGAAUCAGUUAAUUUAUUAAAAGAAAAUUCCGUUUUAUCAGGAAACAGUGUAGAAAUACCACAAGUUAAAAAACAAAUUAAAAGAAAAAUGCCUUUACCACCUUUGCUCAACGCUAAAAAUAGAAAAAUAGUUGAUUUAUCAGUGAAAAAUAAUAAUAAAUCCAGAAAGCAAGUUACAAUUAUAAAUAAAACUAAUGAUACUACGGUUUUUAAAAAACCAAUGCCUCCUAUUAUUAAUAAAAACAACCUUCAAGGUAUUAAUAAUUCUGUUACCAGCCAAGCACAGGAACCUAUAACAUCAAGUAUUACAUUGAUAAAUACAAAUCCAAACGAAUUUAAACAGAAACCUUGUACAUCAAGUAAAUUAAUACCAAGUACUGCUUUCUUAAAAAAAGAUGCAAAUGAUUUUAGAUUAGGACCUAGUACAUCCAGUUAUSAAAAAUUAGAUAUUGAUCAAUUAAAAAUAAAUCCAAAUGAAUUAAGUGAAGAACCAUCAAAUCAAUUAAUCAAAAAUAUUACUUCAUUAAAAACACAUGUGAAUGAAGUUAGACAAAAACCUUUAAUGAAGUGUUUACCAUUCAAUAAAGUAGAUAACAUUUCAAUAACUGAACUGGAGAAAAACGCUAAACUUUUAGCUUCCAGUUUAAAUAUGGAUUCCACUAAUGUUUCACCAUCAACAGAAGUCAAUAGUGAACUAAUUGACCCAAUUGUAUUGAACUUCAAAAAUUCUGUUAGUCAAAAGAAAUCUAUAAUACGUGGAAAUCUUGUUGAUGAUCCUAUUGUGAGAGAUUAUAUAGAACGUACUCAAUUGAAAACACACGAAACUAAACGUAAGUGUAAGCUACCAGAAAGUAUGAUGUCUUUACCUGUUGAAGUUCUUGACCUCGUGCCAGACAAUCAAAGAGAAAUCAAGUAUGUGAUUGACUUUUAUCAUGCUAUGGCUACAGUUAUUGUUAAAGUAUUAGACUUGUAUGUGAAGAAGAGUUGCAAACAAGGGCGUAUAAAAAAUGAUGAUGAUUUCAAAUAUUUAGCUAAAAAGCUUAAUUCUAAUAUUUUAUUCAAAGAACUUCAAGUUAAAAAGGUAGAAGAUUUAAGAAUUAGUGAUAGUGUCAAGCAUAAAGUUGAACAAUACAUUAAAAAGUAUAUGUUGAAGUAUGGAAAGCUGUACAGAAGAAAAAGUACUGAUCAAUGAUGCUGUCUGAAAUAACAUUUUCAACCAAUCUGAAGAUAAUUUUUAUGGAUACUAUUUAUGAUAGUAGAAAAGUUAUUUUAUUUUUAUAAAUUUUACUUUUAAAUUUUUCAAGCCGGAAAAGAAAACGUCACACACAUCGUCAUGAUCUAAUUACCAUAUGCUCACACAUGGUUAUGCAUAGAAGACUUAUAAUAAGUAUUCUUGUAGUUGUUUGCAUUCUACUCGUUUUAGGGGCGUCAUUCACAAGGCGAGUCUGAGGCAACCAUAACUAGCUGUUACCUAUUAAUUGUCGUAUCUAUCAUAUGAUUAUUUACUAAACA